AUGGUUGCGAUAGGUAGCCUUUUGUUCUGCGAUGCCUGUGGCUCACUGCUACCGCGGAUUGUCCCAGGCGAGAAUGAAGACGACCUGGUCCAGUGCGACGAUUGUUUUCAGUACACCAAAGAUACCUCAUCCAAAGUCAUAACUUCAAAGUCCAAACCGAGUGCCUUUCCAUCUCCUCUACGUGCAAAGCAUUCCGAGGUGCAGGCGGUCAACGCCGACGAUUUACAGGUCGAGGCUGUCAUCUCCAGAGAGUGCCCUGAUUGCCACCGGCCAGAAAUGUUCUACCAUACCAAGCAACUACGAAGCGCCGAUGAAGGGACGACUGUAUUCUACAGAUGCGAGUGUGGUUUCAAGGAUGUGCAGAAUAAUUGA